AUGGUAAAAUUUCAAAUAAUAUCUCAAGGAGCCAAAACCGAAACUAAAAGCCAGAGUAAAGAAACCAAAGUCCAACAAUUACAAAGUCAAUUAUCUCAAAUACAAAAUACCCUCAAUAAGCCUGAGAAUUCCAGCAAAAAAGUUGAAUAUUCCGCCAAAUUAUCUGAGAUAGAAAAUAAAUUAAAUAAUUUUUCUCAGCAACAACCCUCAGAACAAGAGAAAACUAUUCAGGAAUUAGAGCAAAAUAUUAAAACCAUUAGUCAAGAAUUAAAAAUCCCUGAAAAAAUUGAUGACCCUAAACCCAAACCAGACCAACCCACUAAAAACCCUAAAACUCCGGAGGAAAAAGAUGAUGAUUUGCCUGAUGAGGAUAAAAAACCUAACGACGACUCUCCUAAACCUAACCCACAACCAGAAAAUAAUAAAG